ACCGCUUAUCUCAGACUUUUAUAUACUUGUAAUUCCAUUGUAUUCUUAGAACCAUAAAAAUAGGCAGCCCAUAACGCCGCUGAAAGUUUCUAAACGCAAUUAUAUACAUACAAUUCAAAACCUAUUUUGCUGACUUUGAAAAUCUUCAAAAUGAACCCUCUAAAUACAAAUGAAGUAUAAUUUGAUCAAUAGAUAGUGAGACCGCAGAGUGUGUUAAAAUUCGCAUCAAGCACAGGCUUCCUGAAAGAUAAAUACUCCUCUUGAACCUAGCAAAUAAAAUUCACCUGGCAUCGCAAAGGACCAUGCUAUUCUAUGCGUGGCUUAUUGUUCUACCGGAUUAACCUAACCUAACUUUAGUGAUCAAUAAGGGAGACAACUAGUACUGCUCCCUAUUAGGUUUUAACCAAUCAGAACAGAUCAGAUCAGAAUCAUUGUCCUUAAUACAAACACCUAUGAUGACUUCUGUCAGGCCUGUCGAAGAUAUAAUAUCCUUCACAAAAACGAAAGCUUUCUUAAAAGCACUUAAUUCUGAUCGUUCAGUUUGUUUGACAGCUAUAUGCUAUGGUAGUCCGAUAUCGACGAUUCCGGCAAAUGAGCAGCUUCUUGAGGAGAAAACGUCCAGUGUACAAUUUCAGAUCGAUAUCUUAAUAACUAAGGGACUAGUUCGGUUGGAAAAUUCGGCGAUACUUUGAAUAUUAAGGUGUUCUUAACUUUUAACCCCACUAUAUAUCAUUAUAAUCGUUUCUGAAUGGGAGUUUGACUUUAUAGGUGACAAUCCGUUCUAUUAAUUAAUCUUAUUGGACCUGUAACUAUAUUCGUGCCGUACAAAAAGAUUAUUCCAAGUAUUGCCCAUCUCAAGCUAUAACAUUUUCCCACCUUCUGGAAAUUUGUGGAUUGUAUUCCAAACUACUAAUAGCGCGGGCUUGACGGCAAAUAAGAAAAGAAGCCAAUUCGUUCCACUGUUCUGGUGAGCACCGUAUUGUACAGAAGGCGUUCUUCACCGACCGGAACAAAUGGUCGUCAUAAAGGUCUGCGCUAUAACGAGGGUAAGGCAAAAUUUCCCAGACGCUCUUUUCCAAAUAGCUUUUAACCGAGCUUGCAGCAUCAUACCGAGCGCUGUCAUGAUGGAAAAAUUAUUGCCUCCUGCCAGUUGGAAAUUACAGUGUUUUUUCGGCAAUCACUCGCUUCAGUUUGAUGAGUGAUUGUCGGUAGCGUUCUUCAUUAAUCGUUGCACACGGUUUUAGAAGCUCAUAAUACAGCACGAUCUACUAAUUCUAUCAAAUACAGAGCAUUACCUUGGAGUCAUAGAUAACUGGCUUUUGUCCUUAAUUAGGCUGGCUGGCAGGCUUCGCAUAUAAAUUUUCGCUUUAGGGUUGUCGUAAUGGAUAAGUGUUUCAUUACCAGUCACAAUUCGACACAAAAUUACGUCUUAAUGCAGCGUUAAAGCAGUAAUUCUAACAUGUAACAUCGUCUUUCAAGGUUUCAUGGUUUCAAUUCUUUGUUUUAAUGUUUUGAAAUAGCUUUGUGAGUGACUCCAAAGAUUCUUCAAACUUUUUUGUGUUUGGCUACAAUCUUCUUCGAGCAAGGCAUCCAGUUGGAACCUGAGAUUUUCUUCAAAUUAAAGUAACGAAGAUAAACUCCAAUAAAAAAAAAACUUUUUCGGAUACAAAGUUCAAACUUUUGUAGUUUCCACUUCACAAAAAAGAAAAUAAAUAUGUUGCAAAAGAGGCACAAGAAUAGUAACUCUCCAACUCAUGUCAGGAAUAUUGGAAUAAGGGAAUAAUAAUAAAGUUAAGUCAUAUCUUGGCAAACCGCACGAAUAUAGUUAUAGUUACAUAGUUAUUGAAUUUUUUAAGUAGUACUAGGAGCAAAAAAUAGUAAGACUUUGUUCAUAAUUUUAAAAUUAAUAAUUUAUUCUUCAAAAUCUAUGUCGUCCCCCUCAAAGUAACCCACCUUGGCCGCAAUACACUUGAGUCAACGUUUUUACCAAUUCUCGAAAUAGUUGUUGAAGUCAAUUUCCGGUAAAGCCUUUAAUGCGCGUAGCGAUUCAGAUUUAAUAUCUUCAAUUGACUCAAAACAGUUGCCUCGGAGCGGACGUUUGAGUGUGCUGAAUAGCCACAAGUUACACUGAACUAAAUCAGGCGAAUAUGGUGAUUGCGUCUCGAUAUUGGUUGAAAAAUUGGCGAAAACCUCAUGAAGAAUCAAUGCGGUAUGCGACGGUGCAUUAUCGUGGUGCAAAAACCAAGAGUUGUCGGCCCAUAAUACCGACCUCAUUUUACGACUAGCUUCGCAAAACGACGCAUAACACUUAAAUAAUAUUCUUUCUUGACAGUUUAGCCGCUCGGCCGCUCGGAAGGAAUUCGGACUGCACCUCACCUCGAUAAUCGAACAAAACUGUCAAUAUAAUUUUAAUUUUUGACCUGCUUUGUCGUGGUUUUUUCGGCUUCGGCUUACCUUUGUCACGAUAUUCGGCCGAUUAAUCGUCUGUUUCCAAGUCGUAAGCAUAGAUCCAAGAUUUAUCGCCAUUAAUAAUACGUUUUAUGAUAUCCUGAUAGUUGAAAAGUAUUGUUUUAAAGACGUUAAUGCGACGCUUUUUUUUCGUUAAAAUUAUGUAAUUUUGGAACCAAUCGUGUUUUCACUUUUCUAAUGCCCAAAUGGUCUUUCAAAAUGGUUUUCACUGAUCUUUCCGAUAUUUCAACGAUGCCAGUAAGAUCUCUGACUGUUAAUCGUCGAUUCUCCAGCACCUAUUCCUUUAUUUUUUUUGACGUGUUGAUGAUCAGUUGAUGUUGAUGGCCGUCCUGGUCGUGGUUCGUCAUCAACGCGUUCACGACCCGCUUUGAAUAAUUUGUACCAAUCAAAAACACUUGCUCGCGACAAACAAUUAUCAUAAUAUAUUAAUUUGAUUUCGCACACAAAAUUGAAUGGAACUUCUUUCUUCAACAAACUCCCGAAUGCACUUUAUGUACUUCAGAAAGACAAAUAUCUUCUUUAUUGGCGUAGACGCCAUUUUCGCAGUUAUAGCCGAAAAUAUACCCCGAGGCUGAUGUUUACUUUUCAUUGGUGGCAUUUUUUUGGCGGGUCCCAAACCCAGCGCACAAUCCUGAGGAGGGAUGGUGCGCCUUCUCACUUUAACUCGCCUUCAAAGGGAUGUUCUUUGGCUACCCAGAGGAUACUUGGUCUAAGACCGGAUGUCGUGAGCUGUUUGAGCCAUAUAUAAAAGAAUCGUUUCUGACCACUCCCAAGUGAAUGGCAAACAGAAAACUUUUCUCAUUUGCGUGAACUUCAUGAACAUGACUUCAUGCUCCACGACAAGCGUAUAUUAAACCUUAUAAUUGAUUUGAUGUGACAUUUGGCACAUAUAGUAUAUGCCUCGGGCAGUCAUAGCAAUCUAGAAAAAAAUAUUUUGACGAAUGCGUUUUCGCGUGAAAUUUAAAUUAAAAAGUCUUACUAUUUUUUGCCCACAGUGGGAUAUAUAUUAAUAUAUAUACAUACAUUUUAUUUAUUUUAUAAAUAAUUCCAUAUGGUUUAGUAAUAUGCGAUUCAAUGAUUAAUGAGCGUGAAUUUUUAUUAAUGUUGUAUUUACUUUAUCAAGUAUUUGAAUUAAUCCUUUUAGCAAUGCAUUGAAACUGCUUUGAGAAGUCAUUGGAAAAAAAUGCGAAUGGAAGAAUUCAUUAUUUCAAAACUUUUAUCGAUAGAGCUUGUAAACGCAACUGCAAUUAGAUACGAAGCCGUUAACGAUAGUUUAAGCGUAGUGUGCAUCAAAUACAACGAUGCUCAAACAAGUAAUAAUAAGAGUGGAAGUUGUCCUAAUAAUUGCCAAGGAAAUUACUGUAGUCACCACCACCACCACCAACACAAAAACCACCAUCAUCACCUCAGUCACAAACUUCACAACCAUAAUAUUAACAACGAGCAUACCUCUCACCAAUCUUGUCAUAAUCAGCUUAGUCAUAGCCAUAUUAGUAGCAAUUCUAAAAGUUGUUCUAGUCAUCAUCCUCACUAUAAACACAAUAGUACAAAUGAAAUCCACCAACAUUACCGUACAACACACAAUCACUGUCAGUAUCAAGCGCAAACUCCUAAAGCCCAGCAGUCUAGCUACAAUGUCAUUUCCUCUAGCUCUAUAACUGUUACCGCACCGAACUCUAGUUCUGCAUCUGCUUCCAACUCGGACCCAGCAUUUGUCACUACAUCACCAGCAUUAUGUUCGCCAAUUGCCGUGAACUCCACCACCAACAAUUUGCUGCACUACCCCAAUCAUAAUCCCAAGCCACCCCCCUAUACCCGAUUUAGCGAACUUUUGAAUAAUAUUGCGUUGUCGUCACGGUCUUCCGCAACAAUUUGUGAAGCUACACCGUUGACUUGUAAUAUAAAUGAUUACACAAAGAUUUCAAAUGUGACACUACACAGCCCCCUAACACCGCUCCAGAUCUCCCAACCAUAUAGCGCCACCACGGCUACUACAACCGGCUCCAUAACCAAUUCCUCUGCUUCAAAAAAUAAUUAUCAAGAUCCGCAUUCCAAUUCUCAAAAUAUGAAAAUUUCAAAUACAAACAUUAACACACACAAACCACCGCAACAAAGCCAAAGUCGCAGACAUAUGCAUCGAACUCGUACACUGUCUCUGAAUCAUGUUGAUCAUGGUCAUAAUCACUACCCAAGUACAGUUGCAUUACAUACAUUAAAUAGUAAUUGUGAGAAUGUUAGUAGCAAUCAUCAUCAGCAUCAUCGUGAACAUAAUCAAAGUAAAAAGCAUCAUCACAACUCGUGCGAAAUCCCGAUACACCAACAUCACAACCACAACCAAAAUAUACCGACUAACCACCAAUCCCAAGUCCCGCUAACAAAUACAAAUCUAAUUGCCACACACACUACAAAGUCUACAACAACAACAACUGAAAAUAGUAAUUGUACUGAUGAUGUGAAUGUAACUUCUUGUACUGACAUAAUUUCUCAACCUGAACCAACAACAACGUAUCCACCAAUAACUGCAACGCGCCAACAAAUGAUGCCACAACAUGUGAAUAACAAACAACACCAAAAACAAUGGCGACGACCGCAACGCCAACAUCCACAUCAACAACAUGUGCCUUUAAAAACGGCAACAUUGUCAACAAUGGCUACAAUGGCUACAACAACGGCAACAACAACCACCACAUCUGUCUCAUUUUCACAACAACAAUCUCUACCACGUCCACCAUCACGGGAUCAAUGCGCGGUGCGUACAUCUUUAAUGUCUACCCGUUGUUUGCCGACAACCACAACAACAACGCCAACUACAAUUACAUCUAAACGUUUAAUAUUUAAUGAAAAAAAUAAAAAUCGCCAAAAUAAAAAAAUAAUCGUAUUAAAAACGAAUGUACCUGUCACUAUGACGACAACAACAACAACAACACCAAACGCCACAAUGAUCUCACCAAUGUCGCCAAUAAUAACUGUAACUGCAACACAUUCCACGGCAAAUACAACACCGUCGUCUCUCAUUCAAAAACCACGCAACUCCGACUUCAUACGAAACCCGCCCAUUUCCGAUUUCAUUUCCACGCUUUCUAAUUGUACUCCUUCCACCUGCAAAUCGACGCGACCUUCCUCUUUUGUGCCCAUUUUGUCCAAUGAUUCUACUUCUACAACAACAACGGCGAUGUCUGCGAUCUCGUUGGAAACGUCGUACACUGUGGACUUUGAAUCUUCCGCCGCCAUGACAUCGGCGUCCGUUAACAAAAUAAUUGCAUAUAACGACAACAAUAACAAAAACAACAAUAAUAUUUAUAAACAUAAUGAAAACGAACCAAACAUUAAUAAUGAAACCUAUUCGAAAUGCUCAACCGAUUACAAUGUGUCUUGUGUUGAUCAUAUUGGUGGCAACAGUAGCAGCAACAACAACAACAAUAACGGUAGUAAUAACAACUAUCACCAGCAAUUCAACAAUAUGAGUAUGGGUCAGCAAUCGCAUUUGCGGCAUAUGCGCUUUAGCAAUAAUGGGCGUGGCAUGGAUAGUGGUAGUAAUCAUGGUGAAUUUACGUUGAAUGGCAACAACAGUUAUCGGCGUGGCGGUGGAAACCUAAGCAACAAUAAUAGUGGGAAUAUUAACGCGAUGAGCCAUCGUCACAAUAAUGAGUAUUAUGGCAACAAUCAUCACAACUAUCAACAUCAUCAGUAUAAUGAACAUAGUCGGCGACACAAUAACAUUAACAACAACAGCAACAACAACAAUAACAAUAGCAAUAGCAGUAAUGCAUCUAACUCAGGAUUAUUUGAUAGAAAUCAUAAUAAUAGCAAUAAUAACAAUAACAAUGUCAAUGUAAAUCUGCAUGGGAAUAGCGGCAGCGGCAACAACAGUGCGCAUUUUGAUGGCCCUAAUAGCAACAAUCAUUCGCGGAGUGCUGACUUUCACGCUGACAACCGCACAGAUCGCGGUAGCUUAGCCGACGUUAGUAGUGGUAAUGGUCCUGGCGGUCAGUUUGGCUACACCACGGGCAGAAAUAGUAAUAAUUAUGGACGGAAUGGACACCAAAAUAGCGGUUCUGGUAAUUACAGUUACCAUCACUAUCAUCACUACGGCAAUAAUGGGCCAUCAACAUCAGCAUUAGCAGGCGUUGGCGGCAGUGUCUCCAACCUUUUAGAUGGACCAAGUGGCUCUACUGGCAUUAUGGGUUCCACUUCUUCACUAAGCAGUGGCGCCCAUGGGCUGAAAUCAGACAGUCCAUCGCGUAAGAGACGGCGCAUAUCCGGGCGUAUGCCUAGCCAGUCACCACCAGCUAUAUGGGAGCAACGACGUUCGCCUCGAAAUCAAGUGCAACAGGGUAGUCCUCCGAUACGCCGUCCCCGUCUGCAUGACACUGGGUCAUCUCAUCAUAAUCGCAGUCAUCAUGGCAGUAACAAUAGUAUUUCUGGCAAUAGUAUCAACAAUACUAAUGCCAACAACAUUAGUGGAAACCAUUUGCAAAACUAUCACCAGCCACAACAUUCAAUACAACCCACGCCAUAUUACCUCCGACAGCACAUGCCACCACCACCACCCGCUCUACAACAACAACAACAACAGCAGCAGCAGCAACAACCAGCACCAGUACCCUCAACGCUACACCAAACACAAUCUUUAACACAAGCACAGCCACAAAUUCAACAACGUUCACCAUGGGAGCACUCACUAUCUGCUGCUGCAGUCCUACCUAGCGCGAAUGCAGCUCCUACGGCCGUGAACGCUUACAUGCAACAAACUCCACCUCCACCACAGUCGCCUGGCCAUCAUCAUCAAACAUCCUUGGUGGGCGCUCCACCGCCACCGCCACCUUUGAUGCUGGACAUCAAUCAGGUGCCUGUCAGUCUUCCCUUGCGACAUGCCGAGCCUAUUUGGGCCUCAAUCUGCACUUAUCCAGCACCACCGCCUCAAGCUAGAAUAGCACCAUGUCAUCUGCAUGGUAUUUACACACAACCGUUCACAGCUCAAGCAUGCAAUACACAUCCCAGUGCUCAAUUCACACAAGGUCCACCUGGGUUUGCUGCAACCACCGGCGCUCCAAUACAAAUGCCGCAACCGCAACAGGUGCAGGUUAGUGCAGCUGCUGCCGCACAGCAGCAACACACACAACAAGCUGCCGCCCUUAUGGCAGCCGCUUCAGUCGCCGCAGCUAACUACCAACAUGCUCAAUUUACCCAACAACAACGUACUGAGGCAGCAGCAGUGGCAGCCGCUGCAGUUGCGGGUCUUUCCCUCGAACAAGCCGGCGUCCAUCAUUUGGAAGCACAUCAAGGACAUCAAGCCGCUAUAUCCACGCCUCCGGCACAUCACAAUCAAUUGCAAGCCACACCAAUUCAUAUAACCUCCAUGUCAGCAGUUGCGGCUGCAGCAGCACAUCACCUGCGUACGACUGCGUCAGCAGCGGUACAAAUGUCUACGGCACCACAGCCGAUUUUGCUCUCUGCAGAGAGACGUGUUUUUCCACCACAUCGUCGUAUUACCCGUUUCUGGCCCUCAAACCAUCCGCAUGGACCACACCGGCAUAUGCUUUCACCACAGACUUUGGGCCCACACCAAGCGACUCCUGUACAAAUUCAGACAACAACUGGCAUCAUUAAUCCAGGCUUCUUACUUAAUUUCCUUGCCAUGUUCCCGCUCUCACCUUAUAAUCAACAUGAACUAAACUCACCAGAUUCCAACGAGACGGAAAACUACGAAGCUUUGUUAAGUUUGGCAGAGCGUUUGGGUGAGGCUAAGCCACGUGGCUUGGCGCGAAAUGAAAUUGAUCAAUUGCCGAGCUAUAAGUAUAAUCCAGAUACACACAGUGGUGAUCAAACGUCUUGCGUUGUUUGCAUGUGUGACUUUGAGUUGAGGCAAGUGCUCCGUGUGCUACCUUGUUCACACGAAUUCCAUGCAAAAUGUGUGGACAAAUGGCUAAGGUCAAAUCGAACCUGCCCGAUUUGUCGGGGUAAUGCUUCCGACUACUUCGAGAAUUCAGAGCAACAGCAACAGCAGCAGCAGCCGCAAACUCAACAAACACAGUCUCAAAUCCAAACACAACCUUCAACGCAACAACAAACUCAACCGCCAGCAACUACAACGCAAACAGCGUCCGGGCAACAGCAGACACAAGCAACACAGGCACAUUAAAUGUAACGAAAUAAUGUGCAUGGUGGGGAAAAUAAUAGAGUAUGCAAAAGAAAAAUACAUAUGUACCAAAUAUUGUAAUGUAACGGUAAAUGAUUUUACUAUAAACCUAAAAUCAUACAAGUCAGGCACUCUUCUAACGUCCACGUCCAAUAGAUGUAUUUGUACUUCUUUGUGUUUCCAAUGAAACCACCUUUAAGCUAGAAAUUUAUUACAAUCUAAGUGAAAAAUAUAAGAUAACUAAAAGUAGCGACAUACACACGCCAUUCAAAUUGAUAACUCCUAAAGGCACAUACAUACAUACAUACAUACACAUAUGUUAUUAACAAAUUGUUAUUAAGAUUAACAAGUGUAAGAAAAUCACACAAAAGAGCAAAUUUUGAACUAAAUGCAAUAAGAUUAGUUGGUUAAUAUAUAUUCUAUAUAAUGGAAUGCAACUAGACAUUUACAUACAUACGUACAUAUAUAUUACAUAUUUCUUCGGGCAUUGGCUGUAUUUCUAAUUUUUUUUAUGAAUAACAUUUCUCUAGUAGUUGAGUUGUGUAGUUUUACAUGUCUGUUGGUGUAAUAACUUUCGUAAACGAUUUGUAAACAUCUACUUGUGGCUAAUUAUAUGGCAAAGAAAAUAAAUAAAACAAAAUUCAAUUUCUAUGGCGAAUUGUUGCUUUAUUUGCGCAGAAGUUAUGCUGAAGUGGUAGACUAAUAAGUAAUAAACUUAGCACUUUUCGCUAGAAUUUACUUAAUAACUUUUUUUUAUGAACAACUACCUUCCCAAAAACAAUAGCAAAACAUUUGAUGCAUUAGAUGUGACAAGAUCAAAUUUGGAGCAGCAACCUUUUUUUUCUAUUUACUCACAACUAAUACAUAAUUUCACAGAAAUGCAUGUACAAUUUGUGCUUGCAAUGCUAGUAUAGCCAUUUAUGUGCAUAUAUACUACACUAUUUGAUAAUAAAAACCAACUGUGGUUAUAUAUGUGUGUGUCUAAGUAAUGCUGUACUGUUAGAUUUAAGUUAAACAGAAGCUGAGUGUAAUAAUUUUUCAUAAACAGACACACCAACCAGCUCCAGGUCCUUUAGUCGUAAAUAACAAACAUACAUACAUAUGUAUAUGCAUGCCCCAAUAGUAGACAGUACUAUUUUUUAUACGGCUAACUAUGUUUAAAAAAUUAAAAAAAGUGUUAAUUGCCUUCAAACUACAACGAAUAUGUAACGUUUUCACGUAGCUAUUUAAUUAUAAAAUAUUGAGCGCUGCAGCUACUGUAAUAAAAUACAUAGUGGUUAUGCACAUAUAUGCAUUCUAAAUGUAUGAAAAGCACAAAACGCGCCACAUAAAACACCAAUAACCAGCCGAGCGCAUAGUCACAUCUCUUGGAGUUUUCCAACUAAAAUAUUUUCAGCGCCCGCUAAACUUCUUCAAGUAACCGAAGCAAACCUCUAAAAUUUACUUUAUUAGUAAUUAUUCAGAACUAAACAUAAAUGAUGUAAUAUUUAAAAAUGUAGACAGUUUUAGCGUAUAUAUUGUCUUCCCUUAUCUUUGGAAAAGUAAUUAAAUUAAUUCAAACCCUAUAAACAUACAUUUGUUUACAUAUCUUUGUAUGCUUGUGUGUGUGUGAAUGUCAAUUUGGAAAAAUUAAAUGCAAUAGACGUUAUGCUGAAGAACCUAAAAAUUAACACGUUGACCCUCGCAGUGUUUGUAACAGAGAAUAAUGCAUUUUUUUAUUUGUUUUUUAAAAGAAUGUUUAUAGUAAAAGCCGAUAUAUGGUACAUAAAUACAUAUCGUCACUUAAAUGCAAAACUACGUAUCAUUAAAAAAAAUCGAAAUUGAGUUUUUAUUGCUUACAAUUCACUUUUAAGCUUCCGCUGUCAGAUAUAACCAUUUUAUAACAAAAACAGACUUUUUGUUGCAAUAUGAGUGGUUGCAAUGAUAUUGUUUUUCCUUCACUUGUAAACUUAUGAAAAUUUAUGUUACGUUAUUUUGCAUUUUAGGUGACGAUAUACACAUAAUAAGAAAUUACAACCUCCUUUUUAUCAAAUUCUGUAAAUCAUAUACUCGUAUCAAAUGUGAACGGCUGCUAUUCCAUAGCAAAGAAUUUUAAACAAAUAUUGCUUUGAUUUCAUAAUGAAUAUGUUUUUACAUUUUAGAUUAGCAGCUUAACAUUAGCAUGUUUGGCUUACCAUAAAUUAGCGCUUACCAUGCAGAUUUAUGUACAUAUGUACAUAUGUAUAUACACAAAACUUUUGUGUAUAUCAUUAAGCACGCUUUAAAAAUCCGUUGUGUUCUUUAAAUAAAUGUGAGCAAUUAAUAUAUAAUACACAUAUGUAGGUUUACGAUACAUACAUAUAUAUGUAAACAUGCAAGACAUAUGUAAAUUACAUAUAUGCUGUGUGUAGAUUUAUCUUGAAGUAGACUAUAAAUAUAUAUAUAUAUAUAUAUAAGCAACAAAUAAUGUCAAAAUUAUAGCAAUGUAAUUCAAACAAUGUUUAUGUGAUUUGUAAUUUUAAAAACGCAUAUAUGUAUAUGUACAUACAUGCAUAAAUAUAUUCUAAUUGCUGUGAGCGCGUAUGUAGUCGUAAAAAUGAAAAUUAAAAUUAACCGAUAUGUUUUGCAAUUACUCAAUAAAAUGCAAGAAAACAAUUUUAAUUGUUAUGUAUGUAUAUUAAAAUUUUUAUCUCAGCCGAAGCACUAUAACCAUAUGUAUGUAUGUAAAAAAAGAUAAUGAGUUAAAAAAUAAAUAUCAAAUAUGUACAUACUAAUACAUGCACACCUAUACUCGUAUAAAAUAUAAUGUUGCAUUAGUGCGCGUUAAAAAUAUGAAAUCGAUUCCUGCCCUCCAUUUGCAUAUUUAACGCAAAACAAUAUUUAUAUACAUAUGUAAUUGAAAUAAAAACAAAUUGCUAUUAAAUUAGUAAUAUACGAAUGCAAUUCGGUUAUUAAAAAAAAACUAAAAAAAAAAAAAAAA